GAGUUAUAAGAAUGCCUCGCGCUGUGCGGAAGUGGCCCGUGGGGCAGGGCGCGCGCCGCUGCUGCAUAUAAACUGAGGCGGACUUCCUUAAACUCACUUUGCAUCGGAGCAGGAACAGAGUCAGAUCUCAAGCAGCAGUCAUGAGUUGGGACAGUUACAUCAGCAGCCUGACGAAGAGCGAAUGGGUGGAUGAUGCGGUCAUCAUCGGGUGCGCGCCGGGUCAGGAGUCCGUCUGGGCGUCAUCACCCGGUGGAUGGCUCUGCCAAGUCAAGCCAUCAGAGGUUCAGGCUAUUGUAGCCAGUGACCGCAGCGGUCUGUUUGCUAAUGGUGUGACUCUGGCGGGCAGAAAGUGUACACUGCUGAGAGACGCUCUGCAUGUGGAGGGUCAGAACACCAUGGACGUCAAGAUGAAAACCUCAGAGACAGAGCCCGAUCCUUUUUCAUUCACUAUCGGCAAAUCUCAAAAAGCUAUAAUCAUCGCUAAAGGAACUAAAGAUGCACAUGGAGGAAAAGUAAAUCCACCUGUCUUCGACAUGACAGCAUACCUCAGGAAAGUGGGCAUGUGAUCACACCCCAACCAACUUUUGCCCCGCCCACCUCACCCUGCUGUGCCCCACCCACUUCCUCUGUCGCAUCCGACCUGAUUUUCUUACAGAAACCAGAUGAACAGAUCUGAGAUCUGUCAGCUUGUCUGAGAUGCCUGGAGUCUUCAUCUCAUUCCAGGAGUUUCAAGUCUCAGUUUGUCCUCCUCAUCUCUCCAGUUAGGCAGUGGAACACAAACUCUAGUUAAUAUCAUUCAUUGGUUUUAUCAUUGAUUAAUUGAUUGAUUUUAAGGUACUAUAGUAUUUUGCUGUGUGAGACAGGCGGAGCGUUAAUUGAAACUGUUUGAGCAUCGAUUUGUACAAAUGUUUGUGUGAAAUACUGCUGAACAAAUCAGUGAAUUCUGUUAGAUUUCAAAUAAAGAGAGAAUGAGAGUUUCUAUGGA